ACUAUUUUGCUCCGCCCAUUUAAUCUCAACUAAAAAUGGCUACCACAACAAGUGGUACUAGUCUUCCAGGAAAGCCUGACCCCAUGAAAAGGAAGGAGAUAUACAGGUACACUGCCCCAUGGGUUGUAUAUGGUAUGAACUGGAGUUUCAAACCAGACAAGAGAUUCAGACUGGCCAUUGGUAGCUUCAUUGAAGACUAUUGUAACAAGGUUCAGAUAGUACAAUUGAAUGAAGAGACUGGUAAUUUCAGCCAUACAGCAACUUUUGAUCAUCCUUACCCUACAACUAAGAUAAUGUGGAUACCUGACAUGGUUGGUCAGUUACCUGAUCUUGUUGCUACUUCUGGUGAUUAUCUUCGUCUAUGGAGGAUCAAUGGAUCUGAUGUUAGACAAGAAUGUAUGCUAAAUAAUAGUAAGAAUUCAGAGUUUUGUGCUCCUUUGACAUCAUUUGAUUGGAAUGAAACUGAUCCUAAUAUACUGGGAGCAUCUAGUAUUGAUACUACCUGUACUAUAUGGGGACUAGAGGUUAGUACUUAAUUGUGUGUACUAAUAAAGUGUAAUGGCAUGAAAACCAAGGCAGUGGUAAUGAUUAUGUGAGUUUGUGUAACUAAC